UCUUUUUAAGCUCCCCCUUCUCUGCUGUGUGUCGCCCUCUCUCUUUGGGAGAAAAAGAGCAUGUGUGAGGAGGGACAGAGCAUAAACGGUGAGGAAAGGUUCUAUUGCAAGUAGUAGCAAUACAACGAUACCAACAGUUAUUUAAGGGUCGAUUUUUCCUCUGGCUCUCCCAACUAUGGAAUCCUUCAGCUUGCUCAAGUACUGGCGCGGCGGCGGCCGAACCACCAUCGCCGACGCCAUUCGCUUUUCCACCGACACCCCCGACACCGUCGUCCUCCGCCCUUCCUCGGUGACCACAGAUGACGACGGCGACGAUGACGGGGGCCCCUUCUUCGACCUCGAGUUCACCGCCCUCCCCAUUGAUGACGGCGACGUCGAAGAGGGGGAGUUCAACUUCGAGCUAUGCUCGGUCGGCAGCGGCAACGCCCGGGCCAGAGGAGGAGAAGGCGAUGAUCGCGUAAUCGAAAGCCUCUCCCCUCCCGACGACUAUUUCUUUAAGGGAAAGCUCGCGCCUUUGGAGCCCACUUCUAUCGUGAUCACCGCCUCCGAGCCCGACAACAAAUCCCAGUUUCCAACCGUUUCCCUCCUCAAAUCCGCCACCAAGUUCCGCAUUUUCUUGCUCCGCCUCCGCAAGCCCAAAUCCACAGCGGCCGCGGUGGCGAAUGCUUCCCCGAAGCAGCAACCUCAGGGGGAGCGUCAAAGCAGGUUCUUCGUCAAGUUUAAGGUGGACGAGGUGCCCAUAAUCUCGCUCUUCACACGGGACAACAGCUCCCGGAACACUUCCUCCGGCGGUCGAACGGCGAAGCCGCAAGCGGAGGACAGCUCGGCGGCCACGACGGACGAGAAGAGGUUCGCCAGGGAAGUCGUCCAGAAGUACCUCAACAUGAUCAAGCCGUUAUACGUCAAGGUUUCGAGGUGGCACGUCGAGAGGCUAAGGCUCCCCAGCGAGCUUGCGCCGGCUAAGGCACCGCCGCAGGAAGCGGCGGCGAUCGGAGGGGGAGCCAAGGGAUUCCCGGCAGGGCUGAGGGUGGUGGGGAAGCGGCUGGGUAAAAGCCGGUCGGCGUCGGAGGUCGUUGCCGCGGUACGUUCGCCGCCUCCGCAGCGGCGUGACGACUCUCUCCGGGAGCUGCAGGACGGGAUCCAGAGCGCCAUCGCGCACUGCAAGCGAUCGUUCACCACCUCCGACCAAGGGCCCGAGUCACCGUUGGUCAGAUCGAAGAGCGACCCGAUCCAGGCAACGGGCAACCAGAAUUGAGUCGCGUUCCGUGCGUUUCUCUCACGGAAAACAAGUCUCUUAGCAAAGGCUUUGUAAAUUACAACUUCAUAUGAACUUUAGUUAAGACUUGAGUCCCCAUUUGUGCUGCUACUGAGAGAAGAUUACAGAGAUUAAGAAGGAGAAUGAAAUGAUGAUUGGAUGGAGAGAUUGACGGGAAAUGAAGAAAGCAAUGAUGAACGUCGAGACGACUGAAUGCGAAGGAAGAGAAGGUAAAGAUUCCCCUGACAUUGGGAAAGCCGCGACACAAUUUGCCAAUCUCGUGACGCAACGCAGUAUGGGAAAGCAGGGAUACGCAAUAGCCAUAGCCUUUCCCUGCGUAUCGUUGUAGGCUUUUUCAGGUGCCCUAGGAAUCCGGCACCUUUUGACAAGCUUUCGGCAAUGGAGAGCAGCCACCAUGACCCAGAAGACGCAGAGAAAGAAUGGACCUAAGACGCAUGAAGAUGUGAGCAAGUCUUCCGUGCAGGAAAAACGAAGGAACCAGCGCUCACCAUCUCUCUCUCUCUCUCUAUCUUUCACCCUUUCUCUUCUCUUUGUCCCUCUGGCCGAUGCAAGAUGUAUCGGAGUUGGGGGUGAUUUGAGAAGGUGUAUCUUCCUCUAUCAAUCUGCGAUUUGGUUUCGAAUGGUGUAACUGUUCAGCAACGUAUGGUGGUGUAUCUCUGGAGAAGAAGAGUACAGUAGUGGAACAGUUCUGUUCCUUGUAGACUCUCGAGAGUUGGUUCCUGGUCACAUCAUCACCUUCUCCAUGAAGGAGGAGAAGAACAGUCGGUCAUCAUCUCUGUUCUUUCUCGAGUUCCUGGAGCGGGGAGAGUGAGCUCGCAUUCCCAUGCUUUGCCAUUGUCUUCCACCCAAAACGACUCGUGCUGUUUCUGCAACUAGCUUCAGCCAGUCGACGAAGUAUAGAUUGGCAAUAGAAAACAACGAAGGAGAUCUGACACGGGAAAGGCUAUGAAUGGGAGCACAUGGUGGCACUGCCGUCUCCAUCUUCAUACUACAGCAAGCUCAAAUAGUUUAGAGCAGGCAGUGGCGGCCUUCAGCAUCACAAAGAUCUCAU